UCAAUCUUAAUAAGCUGUUCUCUUUGGAGGAAACUUUUUUUUUAUUACAGUAGGAAAUGAAAGACACAUACUCGUACAGACUAAGCUUUAUUGAUUUAUUAUUAAUAAGAUUUUUAUCUGCACCUGUACACCAGUUCCAGGCUGUCAUCUUGCAUGCUGCUGAAAUUAGGACUAAUUUAAAUUGGAUUAUUAAGCAUGGUCAGGCUUGAAUAAAAUGAAUUCAGCAGAACCUCAUGAAUGAAUGGGGCGCAGUGUCUGAAUGGGAGUAGCAGCUCUUCAUCCUGUAACAGAAGUUGCAGGCAGGUCGUGGCCUGUUCACUUUCUUUUUUUCACUGUAAUCUGACAGAGAUCCUCUAUAUCUAUCCUUUGCACUGACUCUUGACAUUGACCACUGCGGAUUUGCACCCAGCAGGAACAUCUACACCAAGUCAUUUCCCCCCUUCGGGAAAACAAAACGCGUUUCAGGCGUUUAUCUGCACGCGACAGAUUUGGCCUUGCUGAGCCGCCGUAGCAAUGGGAGACAGUAUGUCGAAGAGAUUAAAGCUAGUAACCUCGUCCGAGUCAGAGAUGGAAGAGCGUUCAUUUCUUAAUCCAUUUCCUGACUGGGACCAAGGAGUCCUUACAUCUUCACCCUCAGCAGCGAACAGCAGCACUGGAGACACUUUUGAUGCAAACGGAAAGAUCACAGAAGCCUUCCAGAAGAAAGUGCAGAAUAAGAUCAAAGAUCUUCUCCAGCAGAUGGAAGAGGGACUAAAGACUGCAGACCCUCAUGACUUCUCCACCUACACCGGCUGGACGGGAAUUGCUUUGCUGUACCUGCAGCUGCAUCGUGUGAGUGGUGAUUCCUCUCACCUGCAACGCUCUCUGGAUUAUGUUAAGCGUGCACUGCGCAACCUGAACGGCCGGAAAGUCACUUUUCUGUGUGGCGACGCUGGACCGCUGGCUGUUGCUGCUGUCGUCCACCAUCGACUAAAGAACCAGGCUGACUCGAAGGAUUGCAUUACCAAGCUGCUUCAGCUCCAGCGCUCAGUCAUUAGUCCAGACUCUGAGAUUCCAGAUGAGCUGCUGUACGGCCGUGCUGGAUACCUCUACGCCCUGCUCUACGUCAACAAAGAGAUUGGCCCACAAACUGUGGACGAGACCACCAUCGCUAAGGUCGUGACCGCCAUCUUGGAGUCAGGGAAGAACCUGUCCAGAGAAGAGAAGAAGACAGAACGAUGCCCGCUGCUGUAUGAAUGGCAUAAGAAGCAGUAUGUUGGUGCAGCGCAUGGAUUGGCAGGCAUUUACUACAUGUUGAUGCAGCCCACAGCUAAGGUUAACCCUGAAAUUCUGACAGAGUUGAUCCGGCCAAGUAUAGAUUAUGUGCGGCACAAAAAGUUCCGCUCGGGCAACUACCCAUCGUCCCUCAGUAAUGAGACAGACAGACUGGUGCACUGGUGCCACGGAGCGCCGGGCGUGGUCCACAUGCUCAUCAUGGCACAUAAGGUGUUUAAGGAUGAGAAGUAUCUGAAAGAUGCGGCAGAGUGUGGUGAGGUGAUUUGGCAGAGAGGUUUACUGCGCAAAGGCUACGGCAUCUGUCACGGCACCGCUGGCAACGGCUACGCUUUCCUCUCCCUGUACAAGCUCACACAGGAGCAGAAGUACCUCUACCGUGCCUGCAAGUUUGCAGAGUGGUGUCUAGACUAUGGAACACAUGGCUGCCGUAUUCCAGACCGACCGUAUUCCCUCUUCGAAGGAAUGGCUGGAGCGAUCCACUUCCUCUCAGACCUCACCCAGCCAGAGGCUUCUUGCUUUCCCGCCUUUGAACUUUGACCUGGGCUUCUGAGAGCACUGACUUGUGUUUUUUUUUUUGGAACAGUUCUGAGGUGGUGAAGGCUCUUCCAGCAGUAAAUAGAACCACUGAACUGAUGCAAAUGCAAAAAAUAAUAAUAAAAAUAAAAAACCUCCCCACCUUCUGCCUAUAACUUUAAAACAAGCCACCUUAAGUUCUGUCACUGUAGCUUCCAGACUGUUCCCCUUUUUUUUUAAAUAUAUUUUUUCAUGUAAAAUAGCGUGUGUUCCCAUCCACUGUACUGAUUCAUCUUUUCACUUCCAAGGCUUAGCAUUCAGUUGAAAUUGGGUCUUUUGUGCUGCAUGCUUGUGUUCUGAUUGUAUCGCAGUGCUUUAGUUGACCUCGUCUUUGUCUCAUGUUUCAGGCCUGUCUUUGUUGUCUAUGCAUGGGGAUGGCUGAAAUAAGCUUGUGUACGCUUUUAGCCAAGUUAUUGACGUCUGUAAUAUCAGUUAAGCGUUCACACUGGUGUGGGUGUUACUACAUGUCCUGUUAUUGAGAUUGAUAACUCAAUGAAAGAUUGUGAGGAAAAAUGAACCAAACCUUUCCAGUCAAUAUCAUUUUAUGAGGCAAUGUUAUGAAUGUUAAAAUAAAUUGGGCUCCUUCCACUGAACCACA